AAAUACUGUAUAUCUUUGAUUCACACUAGUAUUAUAUCUUUUUAAGUAUUUUAACAGAAAACACGCGCAAAUUAUAUUCAUUCACAGGCAAUUCACUACUGAUUAUACCCAUAACUAGCAAUUUCGAGUUUUAAAAUCCGGUUAAUCCAAUUAGAUAUUUUAGCUGUUUGUUCCCAAAGAAACUGAAAUGGUAAUGACUAAAAGUGCACACAUUAUCUGGGUUAUUUGAUUCUAGUGUGAUUUCCGCCUUUAAAUAAUUUGGCACUUUAUCAUUAACGUUUAAUGCACGGGACAAUGUUGCAGUCACACCUAUGUCCGGCAGGUGGCAGGAGUGCACAACCCAGAUUUAAAUGACUACAGGAUUAGUUAUUACAUUAACUUUUCAAGUAGUAGGCUACUUUACAUUUUAAUUAGCGCAAAUAUUAUUUAUGUAAUAACAACAACGGCUUUAUUGCUUGUCUUAUACAAUUACUGAAUUUGUGUUUUGCAUUCGGUCAUUUUCAUUAAUCUUUUUGUUUAAACAUGAACACAAAGAAUGGAAAUAAAUUGCAUUUUAGAACCGUUAUGUUAUUCACAACAGGUUCAACCAAUUUGAAAAAGUAUCCUCUUUAGAGAUCCCCGUUUCAGAUAACUCACAGCUAAUGCAUAGCAGGAGAAACGCGCGUCCUUGCUCCGGGACCCCUUUCAAACUGCUUGCUGGUUAUUGGUCAGCGGCAGUGAGGCUCUUUCUUGACACACUGGAGGUUUGCGAUGAUGUCAUGCCGCCGGGGGGGGGGACUCGGCGAGGUCGGACUCGAAGAGCAUAUCCAGCUGGGGCUGUGCUGCGAUAUGACCGACAAAGUGUCUUAUCUGCGGUUGCACUUAAAAGGACGCAUCGCAAACCGGGCUCUUGCACUCAGCUGUCCAGAUGAAACCCCCGCUGAAGAUCGAGUCCGGGAGCCUGAUGGAUCAGGGAGACCUGGAAUAGUCCGACCGCUCCUCGACAAGGUCCCGCAGCACGAUGCCUCCGCAGGGCGUCGGGGGGUAUAAGCCGGUGGCGACGUCCGACGUCCCCCCGGUCCCCCCCCGGCGGCUCCGUAACGGGGACGAGCGCAGAAUAAAGUGCGUCCUGGUGGGAGACGGAGCUGUGGGCAAGACCAGCCUGAUAGUCAGCUAUACCACCAACGGGUACCCGACGGAGUACGUGCCGACCGCCUUCGAUAACUUCGCAGCGGUGGUGGCGGUGGACGGAAAGCCUGUGAGGCUGCAGCUAUGCGACACCGCUGGCCAGGACGAGUUUGACAAGCUCCGCCCCCUGUGCUACACCAACGCCGACGUCUUCCUGCUGUGCUUCAGCGUGGUGAACCCCGCCUCCUUCCAGAACGUGACGGAGAAGUGGGUGCCUGAGGUGCGGCGGCAUUGCCCACGCACGCCGCUACUGCUGGUCGGCACACAGGCGGACCUGCGGCAGGACGUCAAGGUGCUGAUCGAGCUGGCCCGGUCCAGGGAGCAGCCCGUGGACCCACGUGAGGCCCGCGUCUGCGCCCAGGACGCCAGGGCCGUGGCCUAUAUGGAGUGCUCGGCGCUGACCCAAAAGAACCUCAAAGAGGUGUUCGACACAGCCAUCAUGGUCGGAAUCCAGCAUGCCGACAGCCAACUUCAGCAGCGGCUGAGGAAGAGGACUCCAGAUAAGAUGAAGAUGCUCUCAAAGUCCUGGUGGAAAAAGUACUGCUGUUUGGCAUAGACUCUGGGGGGCAGGCGGCAGGGGAAUAUAAGGGGGAGGGCUUGGGCACGCUUUCUGUGCAGACCUGUAGGGGGCAGUAGCACAGAGACCAAACAAACUGCUCUUCGGUAAUGUGGGAUUGGGGGGUGGGACUGCUAACAAUCUAUCGCACCCCAGCCGACACUAACACAACAGUUUGUCACCUUACCUGCUACAUCAUAGCUGUGACAUCGAGGCCUGGCAUUCGCUUUGCUUAAGACCUGAGUGCUGUGUUGUGGACACACUUUUUUAGGCAUCGCUCAUCUGCUUUGAGUAAAGUCAUGCACGGUGGUGGGAGGUUCUAUCUAGUAUAAAGUGACUUUUUUGUGGCGUUUAUAGGCAAAGCUGAUAACUUGCCAUGGAUCCCGGCCUACUGCACAUACAUGUCAUUUCACGUUUGGCUUCCAGGGGCUCUUUCUGCCCCCCCCCCAGCCACCCCAUGAGCGUUCUCCUGUUGGUGAUGUGGAAUCUCAUGUUUUCCGCUGAGAUGGGAUUUGUGGCGCUUGGUGCAUUUCGGAUCUUCUGGAAUCACACAUCUGUUGGCCCAGAGCUCAAGCUCAAAGAAGGUGCCUGAGUGAAUUUCGAUUCAAUUCUUUUUUUUUUGUAAGCAUUAGAUCCUCCUCUGCAGGGAGGCAACCCACAAGGACGUCAUGAUUAGCCAGGACUGGACCUCAGGAUCAGCAGGUUACUCAGACCUCACACCCAUUUUGCAUUUCUGUUGUUGAUCUUGUUUUAUUCUGCACCUUCAAGGUACAAAUUCAAAAUUUUUGGCGUAAAACAGUAGAACAAAUCUCUGCAUGUUGCUUUUCAUGUUUCACUCCCCAAACCAUAAAACGUAGAAUCUAUCAGUUGCUUUUUACCUUUUAAAAGCACUCUGUGUUUUGUCAUAUUUAAAAUUUAUUCUGGUCGUUGCAUAAAGAAAACAAAUAAUCGCUUCAACAUUUCAUAAAAUUAGUAUGAACUUGUAUGCAGUGUUGAUUUUUGCUGGUUUGUAAUCAUUCCGGCAUUUAAAUGCUGAUCCUAGUGUGAUUUUCUUAAGCUUUCACACUAUGAAUUAGCAGCUCUGUUUUAGCUGAUGAAAAGGCCUUGAAUUUAAACGCCAGUUCUACCCAUUACUUUGCCAAUAACCAUUAAUGUCCAGAGGGGUUUUUUAAGGCUGGGUAGUUUUUAUAACCUGUGAUUGGCUGAAUGUUGGCGUAAUUGUCACUUGCCUAUUCACCCUGGGGCCUCGUUUUGUGGUCUACUUGUGGUCCUUGUAAUAGGUGGUAACCUGAACUGUGAUUGGGGGGACAGUCUGUGAAAGUUGUGAAACCGGUGACUGCAAAUCUAUCCAGAGGUGUUUCGAUGACCACAGAGAACUGCCUAUACGACUGUUCUUUUCAUUUCUCUUUUGACCUUGGCAUGUCACAGGCUCUUGAGUUCUCUCCAAGUUUGGGAAGAUGCACAUUCCGGAAUUUGAGCCAGGAUUCCGGAUUGAGUUCUAUCUUUCUUUGUAUCCGUGUGCUGUAAAUCAUAUACUCCGCCCCAUCAAAUGGGACACUUUAUUUGUAAAGAUACUGUAAACAUGGGCUUUGCCGCUGUGACCUCUGACCCUUUCUGUAGCCUGUCAGUCACAUGGGUGUGGGGUCAAAAUUGCGGAGUGCUGUUGUGUCCGGUGCUGUCCUCUGAAUCUCUCUUCACACCCGGGCCGUUUAGAAGCUUUACUCGUCAGAUAAAACACCAUUCAUCAUGUCCUGCUGUCCCUUCAGCUCUGGAUCUCCAUGCAGGAUGCGCUCAACUGACACCGAUGGGUCUUUGAAAGUGACGUAAAGCUUGCAGGUGGUAAGUUUCUUUUCAGAUGGGGGGGGGGGGUGGAGGGAGAGACUGGCCUUAGACUGGUGUGUGAUUCAGGGGGAUAUCUGAACUGGCUCUUUUCGAUAGUGGGUGGAAUCGGGGCGUCUUCCCAAAGCGAGUAUUACCUACACACUGGGACUGUGUUAAGUACCAACAUCCCUGCACUGUACUGUAUCACAGAGUGAGCUCACCGCUCUGGUCUGUAUCUAUCUCUAUGAGCUUCCUUUCUAUGUCAAACCAGAACAAAGGGCUGUAUUUUGUUACCUAUUUCAGAAUAAACAAUUUUUUGUUAUA